CCAACACCUUAUCUUUAUCAUCAUAAAAGGAUGCUUGCAUCGCUAGUUAAUUGAAGGAUAUCACUCUCUGACGAUAGCCAAACAUCAUAUAUUGACUUUUUUUCCUUAAAUACUCCUGUUGAGGAUUCCACUUACAAAAUCUGCAUCUAUGGUAUUGAAGUCUAUGGAUAUGGAUAUACGGAAGUUGAUCUUGGUUUUGUUUUUGUUGGCUCUAGUUUUUGGUGUUGCUGAGAGUUUUGAUUACCAUGAGAGCGACCUGGCCUCAGAGGAGAGCCUGUGGGACUUGUAUGAGAGAUGGAGGAGCCAACAUACAGUCUCGCGUGACCUGGAGGAGAAGCAAAAGCGUUUCAAUGUGUUCAAGGAGAAUCUUAAACAUAUCCACAAGGUGAACCAGAUGGAUAAGCCUUACAAGUUGAAACUGAACAAGUAUGCUGAUAUGACCAACCAUGAGUUCAUGAGUACAAGGAGCUCAAAGGUUAGCCAUUACCGGAUGCUCCAUGGUCCAAGGCAGAUGACUGAUUUCAGACAUUAUAAAACUGACAACCUACCUCCUUCCAUUGAUUGGAGGACGAAAGGAGCAGUGACUGGUAUCAAGGACCAAGGCAAAUGUGGUAGCUGCUGGGCAUUUUCAACUGUAGUUGCAGUGGAGGGUAUAAACAAAAUAAAAACAGGGGAGCUUGUGACUUUAUCCGAACAAGAGCUGGUUGAUUGUGAUAAGGAGAACCAAGGUUGUGAGGGAGGAUUGAUGGAACAAGCAUUUCAGUUCAUCAAGCAAAGUGAUGGAAUAACAACUGAGAAUUAUUAUCCCUACAGAGCCAAAGAUGAGUCUUGUGACUCAUCCAAGUUGAAUGGUCCUGUAGUGAUCAUUGAUGGCUAUGAAAUGGUUCCCGAAAAGGAUGAAAAAGCUCUAAUGUAAGCUGUUGCAAACCAACCUGUGUCUAUUGCUAUAGAUGCUGGUGGUACGGAUUUCCAGUUCUACUCGGAGGGAGUUUUCAUUGGAGACUGCGGCACCGAGCUGAACCAUGGGGUUGCAGUGGUAGGAUACGGAGCAACCUUAGAUGGGACAAAGUACUGGAUAGUAAAGAACUCGUGGGGCGAAGACUGGGGAGAGAAGGGCUACAUACGAAUGAAACGAGACGUUGAUGCAGAAGAAGGGCUUUGUGGUUUAACCUUAGAAGCGUCUUACCCUGUGAAGUUGCAGUCUAACAACAAUAGAAAAAGUUCCCCCAGAUCCAAGGCCAAGGAUGAACUGUAAUUCAGAUCAAUCCUUUUCUGGGUCGAGUUUGUGAGCCAAAGUUUUAUGAUAGUUGCCUAAAAAUGUCUCGCAAGUUAGGUGUUUCUGCCAUAACUUAUGUUCAAUACGUAUGUGUGGUUUAUCUUGAAAUGCUUUGGAAUGAAAAUAAAACCGGUUAGAUGCUUCAAACUUGAUAAGCUAAAA